CUGCCCGUCAUGUGACCGGAAGAGGUUGUUUCUGUUUUGUUUAGCCAACAUGGAAGAGUGUUGUUUUUCGGGUGACAUCUCUGAGAGCCGCUUUUGGAUGUGGGCAGCGGUUUUAAAUCUGUAAUUUGCACAGCAAGAGGUCGUCGGGAAUAUCGACCGUCGCAUCUUUAGUAGCAGGACGUUUUCAAGAAGAGGUUUUGCAUCUGCAGCAGCUUCAUCAUGGUGGAGCCCACGGCGUCCGGCAUGUUCUGCAACAGGAUGCUGAGCAUGGUCAACUCUGAGGACGUCAACGCCAUCAUCCAGGCCCAGAGGCACAUGCUGGACCGGUUUGAGAAAACCAACGAAAUGCUGAUAAACUUCAACGGGCUGUCCAAUGUGCGGCUGCAGCAGAUGAAUGAGCACUUCCUGCUCCACACCCGGACCCUUGUGGAGAUGAAGAAAGAUCUGGACAGUAUCUUUCGGAGGAUCAGGACACUGAAGGGAAAGAUUGCUAAGCAGUACCCAGAAGCUUUCAGCAAUAUCCAUGAGUCACCCAUCUUGGAGGAUGACGAUGACGAGUUUGACCUGAUUCCCCCCAGCGUCGCCACAACAGCCACGACUGCAACCUCGGAGCAGAGCACCGAGUCAUGUGACACGAGUCCAGAUGUGAUCUCCCCCACCGUGAGCCGCUGCUCUGAGGACCUCUCGCAGGAGCCGCCGGAUACACCCACCUCCGACAUCCCGGAGACCGCUGUGCUGAGGGACGAGGGCCCCGACUCUGUACCUGCAGAGUAGCAAAAAUUAAUGAAUCAAUGGACAGCUUAUUUACCCUUCCUAAAACCUGAGCUCCAUUCUGUUUGGAGAUCAUGUCGGUGUUUGGUUUGAUUUGUGUGCUCUGAGUGUGUCUUGGCUUUUGUAUGUGCAGAAUUUGUGUAUAAUCAAUUCAUCUAAACAAUACCAAUUGAGCACCACAGCCCUGAUUCUGGGUUUGGCCGUGAACUGUUUCCCAGAGCGAUGGGACUUGUUGACGUACUUGCCCACUCUACGCCUGUGCAGCACAAAAACAAUGCAGAUGAUACUUGAAGUUGCUUUAAACAACUAAAUCCCAUAUUACAGACAGUGAAAUAAAGGCUGUUAUGUGAUUAUAUUGUCAUUUGAAAAUGUUUUUCAUCAAGGUAGUUGAAGGCAGCGUUCGGUGUCCACAACCUGGUCUCUUGUUGCAACAUUAUUAUAUGGAAAAAAGUUAGAAACAGGAAAUAUGUUAGAAAUAAUGCUUACAUAACAUAUAGAUACAUGCACAGGGAGGUCAGAGGUCAGUUGCAGUGCAUUGCUCAAGGGCAUCUCAGCAGUGGUGGUUGACAGAUAUGGGUUUUUCUAAUGGUCAUCGCUGGUAUUUACACUCUACACACUCUGUGGUGCACUUAACUGGAUAAAUGAAACAACCUGUGAAUGAAAGAUAUAACGUUUUAGUGCACUUAACAGCAUUUAUCAGCAGAUAGCAGCAUCUCCUGGUUUCCCAGAGAGAAUGAACAUUUGUAAUGUAAUGCCAUGUAAUGUCAGUGCUCACAGUAGCACCUCUGGUUUUGGUCACAAUGAACAUUUAACAGUAAUGUUUUAUUCACUUGAACACAAAAAUAUUUGAA